AGAACACACCGAACAUGGCUGUCUCAGCUAUCAGGAAAUGGUGGAUUACCCACCAGUUGGACAAAUCCGACAGCAAUGAUCUCAUCACAGAAGAUGAGGGAGAGGAAGACAGGAGGAGGCAGUUAUGUGUAAACCUGAAUCAAGCUCUGCGGACCACACAGCUGCUCGUAGACUUUGAUGGUGGCCGACCCAUUCUGCGUCUCACUGCACCGUUGGACCUGGUUAACUUUGCAUCUGUAUUCCAUCCCCGCUGGCCCAUAGAGUGUGAGGUCAUCAGUGACAUUAUAAAUCACAUCGAGUGGAACCCCCCAGAGCCAGAGCCUUUCUAUCAGCCCUCAGGAUAUGAGAGGGCACCCAUGCAAGCAGGAGAGGAGAGAGGGAAAGUGGUUUACUGCGUUGACCAUGCCACUAAGCGCCCCUAUUUCACCUGCUCCCGUGUCCGAGGAAGCAGGGGGCCGAUUAAGAGUGCAACUUCUUAUGAUGUCAGUCAAUCAGACUUCAUCCUGGAGUUUGAGUCACGCUUCGAGUGUGGGAACCUUCAGAAGGCUGUGCAGGUGGGAGUCUAUGAUUAUGAGCUGACUCUGCACACAGACAUGUACACCCUGAAGCACACGCAGUGGUUUUACUUCAGGGUGAGGAACAUGAAGGCUGGAGUAACGUACCGCUUCACCAUCAUCAACCUGAAGAAGAGCAGUGGCCUGUACUCUCAGGGGAUGAGACCUCUCCUCUACUCUGAGACUGCUGCCAGGGACAGAGGUGUUGGAUGGCAACGCACCGGCUCUAACAUCAGAUACUACCGAAACUGUAAUCAGAACUCAAAGGACACCAACAGCGACCCGAUCACCUUGUACUCGCUCACCUGGACCCUCCAGUUCCCGUAUGACUCAGACACCUGCUACCUGGCUCACUGCUAUCCAUACACCUACUCACGGCUGCAUCGCUACCUGAGAUGCAUCUCUUCCAACCCAGCAGUGGCCUCUUACUGUAAACUGCGUGUGCUGUGCAACAGCCUGGCUGGAAACCCAGUGUACGUGGUGACAAUAACAUCCCCCGGCGUCGGCAGGGUGGAGGGCAGGAGCAGGAAGGCUGUGGUGGUGACAGCCAGAGUGCACCCUGGGGAAACCAACGCAUCUUGGAUGAUGGAGGGGUUUCUGGACUUCCUGCUUGGGAACUCAGAGGACGCUCAGCUACUCAGGGACACUUUUGUUUUUAAGGUAGUGCCAAUGCUGAACCCAGAUGGGGUUGUGGUGGGAAACUAUCGCUGCUCUCUGGCAGGAAGGGACCUCAACAGGCAGUACAAGACAGUGCUCAGAGAUUCCUUUCCCUCAGUGUGGCACACACGAAAUAUGGUAGAAAGGCUGGCGGCUGAGAGGGAUGUUGUCCUUUAUUGUGACUUUCAUGGUCACAACCGUAAAAACAAUGUCUUCAUCUACGGCUGCAACAGCCGAGGGGAUGAUGCUGGGAUGAAGCUCCACGAGAGAGUUUUUCCACUGAUGAUGAGCAAGAACGCCAGUAACAAGUUCUCAUUUAAGAGCUGUAAGUUCCGAGUACAGAAAAACAAAGAGGGAACCGGGCGGAUCGCCAUGUGGAAACUUGGCAUCAAAAACAGCUACACUAUGGAGGCCACGUUUGGAGGCUCCACUCUGGGGGACAGGAGGGGAACACAUUUCAGUACUCGAGACCUGAAGUCCCUUGGCUUUUAUUUUUGUGACACCCUGCUGGACUACUGUGACCCUGAUCCAACAAAGGUCACUAACUGUCUGUCAGAGCUGGGAGUGCUGAUGAGAAAGAAGGUCAGGGAGAGGCUGGGCAAAGAUUUAAGCUCUGACUGUAACAUCUCUGUUUCUGACCUAGAAACCAGUACCAGUGGUUCAAAUAGUUCAGAUUCUGACGGGCCCCCAGUUCAUUUAAUGAACCAGCCACAAACUGCCAACCCAGAGAAACCCCCAACGAAGAAGAAAAAGAAACGCCUGAGGAGUCAUAAAGAGAGGAACAGGCUGCGACCGGAGAGAGUGAACAAUAACACACAGCCAAAGGUCUUUCAAAGCAACAUCACAAAUAUGCAGACAGCAGUGAAGGACAAAAAGAGGCAGGUGAAGUGUCAUAAAGACAUGAACAGACUUCGACCAGAGAGAGAGAACAAUGAUACAAAUGCCCUGCAAAGCAACAUCACAAAUAUGGAGGACACUUUUAAAGAGAGCAUCCAGGAGCAGCCUGCUGGAAGUUUCAGGAAAAAAUGGCAGGUGAAUGGCCUGAUAAGAAAAGGUGUGAUGCCUCAUGCCACCUCUCACUCAGGGGAGCUCAGUCAGGUGACUCUGUGGCAGGGCUGCAAGCCCGUCAAGGGAGAUUAUGUGGAAAACAUGAGAGCUGUAUACAUGCAUCACAGAACUAAAGCAUUUUCUCAUCAUAGCUCAUAUAAUCCUCACACAGAUGUCCCGGUGAUCAAUACACAACAGUGGAGAUGCUGCACUCAGCUACUGCAUCUCAGUCCUCACCUUCAAUCUUCACCACAAUCCAGUCUGCAAGCCCAUCAGGGCCGUCGACCAUCCUUAGUCUCCCGUAGAGACCACAGAGGGCUGCAACCUUCCCUUCAAUCACCUCAAAGGUCUCCCCCCAUGCAUAUCCAGAAGAUUCCAGACAUUAACUUGCUUUCAAGUUUUACCACUCCCAAGUUCAACAGCAAGUCCCUUUUCAGCGAGAGAACCUCAGAACUUUACUUUUUUCCGGAGGAUUCCUCACAUGCAGGUGUAACCAAGACCAACAAGCAGAACGAGGAAAAGAACGAGAAUUCCUCAGAAGAGGGAUUGUCCGUGUCAAAAUAUGGAGAGGAGAACCAGAGUGAUCCCAGCCCUGACACCCACCUGAGAGACGCAGAAUCACACAGCAGUUUAUUUGUGCCUGUGCAGAGGGGCAAAGACCUUAGAGGGAAAGGGUUAAACAGAGGGCAUUUCAGAGACAAAAGGCACAUGGGUUUGAUAUCUCCUGUGUUAAAACCUGCAGGCCUCUCACAGUUGGAGCUUCCACCAUCACAGACAGACACCCUCAGUAAGCGGGAGUCUAACAUCAGGCACCAUCCCUCUGGAAGACAUCGCCACAUUAGUUCAACAACACAAGGGGCAGCUGACCCAAGAUCAACACGGUCCGCGCCCCCCAAAAAUCAAAUGGAAAUCCUUGUUUAA